GGCUCUUUCCCUCUAGGCGGGUGAGUGAGUGCGGCGCGGCGGCGGCCGGCCCGGCCGCGGUGUUCUGUGGGAUAGUGGUGGAUAGAAGCUAUCCUCGGUUCAGAGCGCUAGGGCCAGGCAGGAGCAGGGCAUGAAGAUGGCGGACGCCAAACAGAAGCGGAACGAGCAGCUGAAGCGCUGGCUCGGCUCCGAGACCGACCUGGAGCCGCCCGUGGUCAAGCGCAAAAAGACCAAGGUGAAGUUCGAUGACGGCGCCGUCUUCCUGGCCGCCUGCUCCAGCGGGGACACGGACGAGGUGUUGCGGCUGCUGGAGCGGGGCGCCGACAUCAACUACGCCAAUGUGGACGGGCUCACCGCACUGCACCAGGCUUGCAUAGAUGAUAACGUAGAUAUGGUGAAAUUUCUGGUGGAAAAUGGAGCAAACAUUAAUCAACCAGAUAAUGAAGGUUGGAUACCUCUACAUGCGGCUUCAUCCUGUGGAUAUCUUGAUAUAGCAGAGUAUUUAAUUAGUCAAGGAGCACAUGUAGGAGCUGUGAAUAGUGAAGGAGACACUCCGUUAGAUAUUGCUGAGGAAGAGGCAAUGGAAGAGCUGCUUCAAAAUGAAGUAAAUAGACAAGGGGUUGAUAUAGCGGCAGCUCGAAAAGAAGAAGAACGGAUAAUGCUUAGAGAUGCAAGACAGUGGCUUAACAGUGGCCGUAUAAAUGAUGUCAGGCAUGCAAAAUCUGGUGGUACAGCACUUCAUGUCGCUGCUGCUAAAGGGUAUACAGAAGUUUUAAAGCUUUUAAUACAGGCUGGCUACGAUGUAAAUAUUAAAGAUUAUGAUGGCUGGACACCACUUCAUGCUGCUGCUCACUGGGGUAAAGAAGAAGCAUGUCGAAUUUUAGUGGAAAACCUGUGUGAUACGGAGACUGUCAACAAAGUGGGUCAGACAGCAUUUGAUGUAGCAGAUGAAGAUAUUCUAGGAUAUUUAGAAGAAUUACAAAAGAAGCAAAAUCUGCUUCAUAGUGAAAAACGGGAAAAGAAAUCUCCCUUAAUUGAAUCUACAGCCAACAUGGAUAAUAAUCAGUCACAAAAGCCAUUUAAAAAUAAAGAAACUUUGAUUAUUGAGCAAGAAAAGAAUGCAUCUAGUAUUGAGUCUCUGGAGCAAGAGAAAGCAGAUGAGGAAGAAGAGGGAAAGAAGGAUGAAUCCAGUUGUUCAAGUGAAGAGGAUGAGGAAGAAGACUCAGAAUCUGAAGCUGAAACAGACAAAACCAAACCUUUGGCAUCUGUAACUAAUAAUACAAAUAACAUCAAUGCACAACCAGCUUCUGUAGCUGUGACAGCAUCUUCCAUAACCACUGGUCAAGUGACACCUACAUCACCCAUUAAGAAGUUUCCAACUUCAACAACCAAGGUUUCUCCCAAAGAGGAAGAGAGAAAAGAUGAAUCUCCUGCCUCUUGGAGGUUAGGUCUUCGAAAGACUGGCAGCUAUGGGGCACUUGCAGAGAUUACAGCUUCCAAAGAAGCUCAGAAAGAAAAGGACUCUACAGGUGUUAUGCGUUCGGCUUCAAGUCCCAGACUCUCUUCUUCAUUAGACAACAAAGAAAAGGAGAAGGAUAAUAAAGGAACUAGACUUGCAUAUGUUGCACCUACAAUACCAAGACGACUGGCCAGUACAUCUGACGUUGAUGAGAAAGAAAACAGGGAUUCAUCUGCUAGCUCAAUACGUAGUAGUGGUUCUUACACAAGAAGAAAAUGGGAGGAAGAUGUCAAGAAAAACAGCUUGAAUGAAGUACCUACAUCACUAAAUACAAGUUAUCAAAAAAGUGGCUCCUUUGGUAGAAGACAAGAUGACUUGAUUAGUUCUCAUGUUCCAAGUACUACGUCAGCACCAACAGUUACCUCUUCAGCUGGUCUUCAGAAAAGCCUGCUUUCCAGCACAAACACUACUACAAAGAUUACAACGGGUUCUACUUCAGCAGGUGUACAAAGCAGUACCUCAAAUCGUUUGUGGGCUGAGGAUAGUACUGAGAAAGAAAAGGACAAUGUUCCUACAGCAGUGACCGUUCCUGUUGCGCCAUCUGUUGUAAAUGCUACAGCUACUACCACAACCAUGACUACAACUACUUCUGGCACUGUGUCCUCCACGUCAGAGGUCAGGGAGAGACGGAGAUCAUACCUCACUCCUGUUCGGGAUGAAGAGUCUGAGUCCCAAAGAAAAGCUAGAUCCAGGCAAGCAAGACAGUCCAGAAGAUCCACACAGGGUGUAACACUGACUGAUCUUCAAGAAGCUGAAAAAACUAUAGGAAGAAGUCGUCCUACACGAACCAGAGAACAAGAGAAUGAAGAAAAGGAGAAGGAGGAGAAGGAAAAACAAGACAAAGAAAAACAGGAGGACAAGAAGGAAUCAGAAACUAAAGAAGAUGACUUUAGACAAAGAUAUUCCAGAACUCUUGAGGAGCCCUAUCAUCGCUAUAGGCCAGUUUCAACUACAACUCCAACUACUUCAUCAUCCUCUUCGCUUUCCACCUCCACUAGUUCUCUUUCUACUUCAAGUCAAGUAAACAGACCAAACAGCCUUAUAGGUAUAACUUCUGUUUAUCCCAGGAGUGGAACAAAAGAAAAUGAGAGAGAAGGCCGGAAAAAAGAAGAAGAAAAGGAAGAAGAUAAAUCACAGUCAAAAUCAAUAAGAGACAGGCGGCGACCAAGAGAAAAACGAAGAUCUACAGGAGUUUCCUUUUGGACUCAAGAUAGUGAUGAAAAUGAACAGGAACACCAGUCUGAUUCAGAAGAAGGAACAAAUAAGAAAGAAACCCAGAGUGAUAGUCUUUCAAGAUACGAUACAGGAUCAAUCAGCACAUCAUCAGGUGACCGUUAUGAUUCACUGCUGGGGCGGUCUGGGUCACAGAGUUACUUUGAAGAACGAAAACCAUAUUGUGGUAGGCUAGAAAAAGAAGAUGCAACUGACUUUAAAAAGCUUUACGAACAGAUUCUAACUGAAAAUGAAAAGCUGAAAGCACAGUUACAUGAUACCAACAUGGAGCUGACGGAUCUUAAACUACAGUUGGAAAAGGCCACUCAGAGACAAGAGAGAUUUGCUGACAGGUCACUCUUGGAAAUGGAAAAAAGGGAACGAAGAGCUCUAGAAAGACGGAUAUCUGAAAUGGAAGAGGAACUCAAAAUGCUACCAGACUUGAAGGCAGACAACCAGAGGCUAAAAGAUGAAAAUGGGGCCUUGAUCAGAGUUAUAAGCAAACUUUCCAAAUAAAAAGGUUUACUACAGCAGCAAAAUGGUAUUGCACAUAUCUAGUAACUCCAGUGGACCAUGAUGUGGCAGUCACUGGAAGCUUGGGAAGAUUCCUUGGAGACUGUCAUUUUCAGAUAUCCUGCCAAAUGCCCUAUUACCUGUGUUCUUUUUAUCAGGAUCAUUGUUUCAUGUUAAAGUGCAGCUGCUGAGAAGAUAAAAUGACUGAGAAAUCUUGUUUACAGCUACAGCAAAUAAGGAAAGUGUUCAAGGCCAGAUAUGCCUCAGAUAUUUAACCAGUAAAGCCUUAGUUGUACAUAAACACUUUUGCAUCAACAAAAGCUUUCAGCUCUCACAGAAGACAGUUACUCAUGUUGUGCCACAGUUCAUAGUUUUUCUAUACUCAGUUUUUUCUUUACAUCUACGUUUGGAUUUGUGUUUUCCCUUUUAAUUAUUCAUGUACCAGUUUUUUUUCUUGUACAGUGUUUUCACGGCUUUAUCAUUUGCAGAGACCACACAACCCUUUAAAAUACAUCUUUGUGUUGCUAACUAGAGUUGUAUUGUCCAACCACCUGGAACAGAGAUGUUUGGUGGAACAUUUGCUUUCACUGUUUGUGCAAUAUGCAUUUAUUUCCUAUACACGAUGCUUUAAAGUCAGUUGAAACUAGAAUUAUUUUACAAGUCCUGUUUUCUGCCUUUAUUGGUCAC